GUGUGGUGAGGGAGACGGGCAGAGUGCUCGGCCUGCUUCCCGUGUUGAGCCUUCGGUGCCCCGCUCCGUCUCCGCCGCCAUGUCGGACUAUAACGCCGGCGGGCCGCCGCCGCCCUCAGCUGGGCCGCCGGGCGCCGGUGGGGGAGCCGGGCCGCCCAACCAAGGGGGCGCCGGCGGGGCCGGCCCGGCCGGCGGAGCGGCGGGUCCCGGACCUGGCGGGAUCCGCAAGGACGCCUUCGCCGACGCGGUCCAGCGCGCCCGGCAGAUAGCAGCUAAAAUUGGGGGGGACACAGCCACAACAGUGAACAACACUACACCUGACUUUGGAUUUGGUGGUCAGAAGAGACAACUAGAGGAUGGAGACCAACCAGAGAGCAAGAAAAUGGCUCCCCAGCCAGAACCCAUGCCACCACCCCCUCAGCUUGGACCGAUCCAUCCUCCCCCCAGGUCUACAGUGACUGAAGAGUACAGAGUACCUGAUGGCAUGGUGGGACUCAUCAUAGGAAGAGGUGGGGAACAGAUCAACAAAAUACAGCAGGACUCUGGAUGCAAAGUACAGAUCUCUCCAGACAGUGGAGGAAUGCCAGAGCGAAGUGUGUCUCUGACAGGAUCACCAGAAUCUGUGCAGAAGGCAAAAAUGAUGCUUGAUGAUAUCGUGUCUCGAGGACGUGGUGGGCCACCUGGUCAGUUCCACGAUAAUGCCAAUGGGCAGAAUGGUACAGUGCAGGAAAUCAUGAUCCCAGCUGGGAAAGCAGGCCUGGUGAUUGGCAAGGGAGGGGAGACCAUUAAGCAGCUGCAGGAACGAGCUGGAGUGAAAAUGAUUUUAAUUCAAGACGGUUCACAAAACACAAAUGUAGACAAGCCCCUUCGGAUAAUUGGUGAUCCUUACAAAGUACAGCAAGCCUGUGAAAUGGUAAUGGACAUCUUACGAGAACGGGACCAGGGAGGCUUUGGUGACCGAAAUGAAUACGGUUCCAGGAUUGGUGGAGGAAUAGAUGUCCCUGUGCCCAGGCAUUCUGUUGGUGUGGUUAUUGGGCGUAGUGGUGAGAUGAUUAAGAAAAUACAAAAUGACGCUGGAGUUCGGAUACAGUUCAAGCAAGAUGAUGGGACAGGUCCUGAGAAGAUUGCCCACAUCAUGGGUCCCCCUGACAGAUGUGAGCAUGCCGCCAGGAUUAUCAAUGAGCUUCUCCAGAGUCUCCGGAGUGGCCCACCAGGUCCCCCAGGCUCAGGAAUGCCUCCUGGAGGCAGAGGCAGGGGCAGGGGGCAGGGUAAUUGGGGGCCCCCUGGAGGAGAGAUGACAUUCUCUAUCCCCACUCACAAGUGCGGACUGGUUAUUGGCAGAGGUGGAGAAAACGUAAAGGCUAUCAAUCAGCAGACGGGAGCCUUUGUAGAAAUAUCUCGGCAGCUACCGCCCAAUGGAGACCCCAACUUCAAACUGUUCAUCAUCCGGGGAUCACCUCAACAAAUUGACCAUGCCAAGCAGCUCAUUGAAGAGAAGAUUGAGGGUCCCCUCUGUCCAGUUGGACCAGGACCUGGGCCUGGUGGACCUCCUGGACCGGCUCCAAUGGGCCCCUUCAACCCAGGGCCUUUUAAUCAAGGGCCACCUAGUGCCCCCCCUCAUCCUGGAGGGCCACCACCUCCACAGUACCCACCUCAAGGCUGGGGGAAUGCCUAUCCACAGUGGCAGCCUCCUGCUCCUCAUGACCCAAGUAAAGCGGCGGCAGCGGCAGACCCCAACGCUGCCUGGGCAGCUUAUUACUCGCACUACUACCAGCAGCCCCCGGGCCCAGUUCCAGGAGCACCGCCUGCCCCCACGGCGCCACCAGUGCAAGGAGAGCCACCCCAACCGCCCCCCACCGGACAGUCAGACUACACUAAAGCAUGGGAGGAGUAUUACAAAAAACUAGGCCAGCAGCCCCAGCAGCCUGGAGCUCCACCACAGCAGGACUACACAAAAGCCUGGGAAGAGUAUUAUAAGAAGCAAGCUCAAGUAGCUACUGGGGCAGGGCCAACGGCACCACCAGGACCUCAGCCAGACUACAGUGCAGCCUGGGCAGAAUACUACAGACAACAAGCUGCGUACUAUGGACAGACGCCUGGCGCUGGUGGCCCAGUGCCACCACCCACACAGCAGGGACAGCAGGUGAGUUGCAGAACUACAGCCAGGGUGGCCUUUCUGCUUCAGAACAGGUAUCUGGCUCCAGACUGGGCUCCACACACUUUCUACAAACUCCUGUGAGACAUUUUGAGAUGUAAUCCUUUUUUAAGUUUGGGGUGGCUAGUUUAUGUCAGUUCUUCCCUCCUGUCCAAACCAGCUGCCCGCCACACCUUUUUAAGGUCUAAUCCUAGAGGCUUUUCAGAGAAGACGUUGAAAUGCCUCAAAUGUUUUUCUUAAAUCUGGAGUGAGAGAUCCAGGUUUGUUUGUUUGUUUUUUUCAUCCCAAUAGCAGAAGCAGUGUCAGCUUGGGAAGUAUUAUUGCCAGUUCAAAGAGGGGCUAGAGUAUUGCAGAUGAACAAGCCUCCAAAAUCCUUGCCUUCAAAUAUGUGAAGUGAAACGUGCUAGCACCACCCACAUCUAAGAGUUUUCUGCUCCAUAAUUAACAGCAGCAGUAUCUGUCCACCUUCAAUAAUAGAAAUUUCCUUCCUGGCUUCAUUUUUUAUUCCAAACAUUGAUUUCUUCAACCCCAGUGUCAAAAGACUAAGCCAUAUUUCUUCAGUCCUACAAAACUUCCUUCAGUCAAACACUUUCAGACUGGGUUCACUCCAAGUCAGACACCAAAAAAGGGAUGAUUCUCAUGUAGCCACCUC